UGUUUGGACGGCAUGUUUUCUUUAAAAAUUUAAUAAAUACAAAAUAAAGCCAUUUAAAGUUGUAUUCUCGUCCCUUACGGCAAAAUUAAAAGUCCCUCUGCAGUGCUUAAAAACAAAAACAUUUGACACGCCUCCCUCUUUUUUGUGCCACCUCCUCCCCUCUCAAAAAUAACAAACUGUCCCUAAGUUAUACGUAAAUAUUCAGUCCUAAAGCUGUCCUUUAUAUAUAUUUUAAAAUUAUUACAUAGUGAUGAAAAAGAACGAUAAGGAGAAUCGAUGGUGGUUUCAGAGAAUGUUUGAUCCUUAAAAUUUGCCUCACAGUCCUGGAAAAGUCCUGGAAAGUUAUUGGUAUAACUGUCUGAAGCCUUUGCUUUAGUCCGAUGACUCUCCAAAGAUCGGGCCCUAACUCCGCCCCUCCUCAGGGCCCCGCGGUGCCGCCGCUGCCUCCGGGAGGCCUCGGAGGAGACGAUGACGAAGAUACUUACGAGGAGGCCGAACCGUACCAACCCGACACGACCACGACCAACACCGAGAGAGCGGAGACAGACAGCAGUCACUACGAGUCGUACGGGGAGGACGAUGACGACGAGGAGCCCGUGAAGGACCGAGCUCACUACAUCCAAUGGAGCACCUCGCAGCCCUGCCUAAGACCCGCCCCCGAGUCCCGCCUCUGUGGUUACCUGUGGAAGAGGAAGUGGCUCGGACAGUGGACCAAACAGCUGUUCAUCAUCCGGAGCGACGUGCUGCUGGUGAGAUCUGCUCCUCGACAUUUCUCUGACGGCUAUUUUACACAGUCAUAUUUACUUUAUUUAUUUUACGCCCACAUU